AUGGCGCCAGCCUUGGCUGCCCUCCUCGAUGCCCUUCCUCCCGCAGCCAUAGCGUAUGCUGAGCGCCUCAAGGUGGCGUAUACCGAGGCUCUGGAGCCACUUCCACCGCCAGCAUGUGUGCCCUUCGCCUCGCCGUCGGCUGCCGCCGCCGCUGCUGGCGCAGGCUUGGCGCCAACCCCCGCGCCGGCAGCCACCACCGUCAUCGGCCGGCUGGUAGCCUCGCCGGUUGUCCCAGGUGCGCUGGUUAUCAUUGACCUCGAUGCUGCAUGCCACGAUUCGACCCGCUCUGUCAACGCGGGCGCAGCCGUGGCUCUCGUCGCUCCGCCGGCCCUGCUCGGUCCUCAUGCCCAAGGCGCGCCGGUCGUCGUGUGGGGUACCCUAGCUCGAUCUGCUCGCGGCCGUCCGGCUGUUGUGCUCUACGCCACACAGAUAGUUGCACUUGGUGCGCCACCGGCUAGCACGCCGUUCCUGAUCGAGGCGCAUGCGCCGCUCUCGGUCGCGCAGGCCAUGCUCGCCACCGAUGCCACCCGCCCGUCGCUUCCGGAUCCGCGGCCAGGCGCAAAGCGUAAGCGCCGUGCCAGUGCCAAGCUUGCCAUCUUUGGCAGACUCGUCGCCAAGUCGCCUAUUCAUCGCUGGGGCGCAGGCACGCUCUCGUUCUUCAUCGAGCUCGAGUCGGGCGGCGUCGCCACCUGUGUCAUCUUUGCUGGGCCUCGCCCAGUCCGGUGGUACCCGUUUCUUGCGCUCGGUGCCUCGGUACUCAUCACCAAUGUUCGCAGCAAGGCAAUGCUUCAAGGCACGGCUAAUGAGCGCGCGGUGUUUGCAGUCUCGUCCACGGGCGGAUCGGUCCACGCCUGGGAUCCCAACUACGCUCCGCCGCCGCUCCCUGGAUCAGCGGCCAAGCGGCUUCGCAGUCUCUCCGGCCGUGCAGUCUCGCCGAAAGCUGCUUCCCAGCUCCCGCCGCCGCUCCUCUCGCGGACCGCCUGCAUUGCGUAUCGCGGAGUCAUUACCGCCGUCGCUCCGGAGGAGGCCAGUGUCAUGCUCGACGGCGCCAUCCGCCUCUUGCUUUCGCACCACCCGACGUCGGCGCUGGGGCUGGUUCUUGUUGUCGGUUCCCGAAUUCGUGCCUGCAACGUGCAUGUUGUGCUGGAUCCGGAAACGUCGCUUUUCGCUGGCCUCGGCGCGUGCUCGUACUCGACGAUCGAGCUUGUUGCACCGCCGCCUACAGCCGCGUUAACCGGUAGCCUUGUCCCGCCGUUCCGUCUCGCUUCACGAGCGAUGGCGCUGCACUUUAAGACCAUGACUUGGCUUGACUACUAUCUGCUGUUCAACAAGCUGGCAGCGACGCUCGAGACUGCGUUCCAUGCCUCGCUCAAGCGCAAGCACAUUCGCGGCUCAGAGCGGGCUUCGGGCAUCGACAUCGGCCUCGCGCACUACCUGCUCAAAGCGUUGGGCGCGCUUUCGGCCAAACGCAACGUCACCUCUGAGUUUCUGGCACAUCCUGGCGGGUGCCAUCUGGCGUGCUUCGGUUCAGACGACGACGCGCGUCCGCAAGUUGCGGUCCCAUCGCAGCUCGACAAGGCACGAGCACCCGGGGGAGCCCUUGUCGGCUUUCUAGUUCCGUACCGCGGCGGUCUUGCGCUCCGCGACGACCGUGCUCUUGUUCCGAUUGUAGCGUCGGAUGCUCGCAGCGUGGUACGGUCAUCCUCGCUCGGGCACCUCUACCUCGUGACCGACUUUCGAGUUGUGGACGACGACGGCAGCGUGACGUUUGUGGCGUGCGCGUUGCAAAACGCUCGAUGCCUCCUCCAUGAGCGCCUAUUUCCGCUCAUGCGCGCCAUCGCACUCCCGCCACCGCCACCGCCGCUGCCGAGCACGGCGACAACGCUAACGCCGCCGCAGAAACCUGACCCGUUCUCCACAAACGAGCUGGUAAUGGCGGUGCCGGAAGCGACGCCGGCGCCGUACCACACGCUCAUUGAGUCUGUGGACGGACGGCGGGCACGGACGGUACCGUCAGGCGUGCUCAAGCCGUAUUUGGGAGCAAAAGUGCUUUGCGAGCUCACCGAUGGAGUCGAGCGGGAGUGGCCCGGCGCGCUGCUGAUUUACGUUGUCCACGUCUCGCCCGUGAUGGACGGUCGAUGCCACGCCGAAGUCAAGCUCCUCCCGCCUCCAGGUGCGCUUGCGCCAGUCACUGCAGGGCUGCUUGUGCUCGAGCCAUCUGCGCUCCUUCACCGUCCAAUUCUCCACCCGCGUUGCCUGUACUACAUGUUCAACGUUCUGGCGACGCUGCCGGAUGGGAGCCGUGCGAUGGUGCGGAGCCUGGCCCAGCUGCUGGUCGCGCUGGGCGGGCGGGUCGGCGCGUCGCCGGCGACCAAUUUGAGUGCGUUCUCGCGCAAGUUCCAAGCGUCGCGGCUCGGUGCGGUGACGACUGCGGCUGCUGGCGUCUUUCCGGUCCUCACACUCAGCGACAACGCUGUUGUUGAGUCUGUCGGCGUUAUUGGUGACGACGAAGCCGCCGCGCUUGGCGGAAACGUUCCGCUGGUGGCGUCAGAGAAGGUGGCGGCGAUUGUGCGUGCGCUGCGUGCACACGAUGACGCCGCUGAGGUUCCGAGCUCGAUCGGCGAGCUGGCGCUGGUAACGCUGCCCAUUUCGGCGUACCGGUACCCAGAAAACUACGAGCGUGUAGUGAGCGUCGAGGCGCUUGUUGUGGCGCGCGAGGCGAGUGGCGAGCCGGCGAUGACGUGGUGCGUGACGCUCCGCGAUACGCGAGCGGCGCACACGUUGUCGUGGUAUGUGGACACUGCACAGUUUGGAUGGAUUGGUGGCCUUGUUUCGGGCGCGCGAGUCGAGCUCUCGCGGGUCAUGUGCAAGAUCUCGCGGUCGGGUAACAUCUACCUGGUCAUGGCGGCGACAACGAGCGUGGUGGUCCGUGGCUGGGUGGAGAGCGAAACAUGCGAUGCUGCAGUGGAGGCGCGGCUGGAGCCCGCCUUUCCGCUGGCGCAGUACUACGCGGUAGGGACGAUCAUGCGGCGGGUAGUGCGGAUCCGCGGCUCGAUCACUGCGCUCUCUGGUCUGCGGCUGGUAUGGAAGUGUCUCGGGUGUGGCGAGACGCUGGGAAUCCCGGGCCGGUGCGCGGCCGGGUGCGUCCGCGCGCCGAGCAAGUUCUUCCUCGACGCGACGGUCUUUGUCGAUGACGGCAGUGCCGAGGCGACGGUCUUUGUUGACGGCGAUCUCGUUUGGCGGGUGCUCGGCCUCUCGCGGCGGCGCGGGCAGAUGAUGGCGGCGAUGGCCAAGCGGCACGGCGCGUUGAUCUUUGCACGGCAAGGCACCCGACUGGAGCUCGUCUCCAAGCCAGAAGCACUUGCCGAUCCGCGUGAGCACGAGCUUCGGCAGCUGGCGCGGGCUGCAAAUGCGCCACGGGUAGCGCGACAGGUCUGGAUGGCAGUCCGGCGGGUGGCGCGAGCACGGUCCGACGCAGCUGUCACUACCACGCCCGACGAUCUCCCUCCGCCGCUGGCGGGCGUGCUCCGGUUCAAAACGCUGCUUGUCGACGGGGUCCAUGCGCCGACGCUCGCGCUUCCGCGGCUGUAUCUCAAGGCUGUAGCCGUCGAUGAGGUCGACGCCGCCGCCCACAUCGAGGCGCUCCUUGCGAACCUGUCGCUCGGCACCGAGACGGCGGAGAAGGCGCUGGUGCAGUUGCUGGAGGAGCGGCCGGAGCGGCCGAUUCAUGCGCUCGCGCAGGCGUUUGCAGCCAUGGCCGCGGCCGAGGAGAAGGCGGCCGAUGGGCUCGCUCCGGUCGUGGAGCCGCUGCGGCCGGUGGCCCGGGCGAGGGUGAUGGACGCUGUAGCUGCUGCAUGCGCUGCUCCGGAGCGAUGGGAGGUGGCGGCGGCAGCCGAGGUCGGCGAAGAUCUGGACGAUGGCGAGGUUGACGGCCUCUCUGGCGCAGGCCUCGGGAUUCUCUUGCGACAUCUCCCGUUUGCGGUGCCGGAGGCCGGGCGGGCGGCUGUGGAUGGCGUAGUGGCGGCACGCGCCGACGAGCUAGUCUCGUUCCGGGAGGCUACUGCGGGAGCCGAGGUGUUGGCGGUGAUGGAGGCGAUGGCGACUGAGGCCGGCGCGCUGUUUGACGCCUGCGACGUGUCUGGCGCCGGCGCGCUUCCGCGCAACAUGGCGCGAUCGCUGCUUAACGACGCCGGCGCGCCUUUCGACGCCAUCCCGGCUGACGGGGGCGCCGAUGGACUCGUGAGUCGCCGCGAGUUUGUGGCUGCCAUGAUUGCGCUUGCGCCGCGGUCGUGA